AUGAAGUUGUUGAUCCUGGUGGCCCUCUUUGGCCUGAGCCUGGCCUACCACAACCCCCACCUGAAGCACGGGCGCACCUCCAUCGUGCACCUGUUUGAGUGGAGGUGGGCCGACAUCGCAGCUGAGUGCGAGCGCUUCCUGGGACCCAACGGCUACGGAGGCGUUCAGAUCUCUCCUCCCAAUGAGCACAUCGUCAUCAACAGCCCCUGGAGGCCGUGGUGGCAGCGGUACCAGCCCGUCGGAUACAACCUGUGCUCCCGAUCCGGAAAUGAGAACGAGCUCCGCGACAUGAUCACUAGAUGCAACAAUGUCGGGGUGAACAUCUACGUGGACGCGGUCAUCAACCACAUGUGCGGCGCUGGAGGCGGAGAGGGCACUCACUCAUCCUGUGGAGGCUGGUUCAGCGCACACAGAAAGGAAUUCCCCUCCAUCCCCUUCACUGGCUACGACUUCAACGACCACAAGUGCAGGACUGGCAGCGGCAACAUCGAGAACUAUGGAGAUGCCAACGAGGUGCGUGACUGCCGCCUAGUGGGCCUGCUGGACCUUGCGCUGGAGAAGGAGUACGUCAGGAGCAAAGUGGCCGGUUUCUUGAAUAAACUGAUCGACAUGGGCGUGGCCGGCUUCAGAGUGGACGCCUGCAAACACAUGUGGCCAGGUGAUCUGCAGAACGUGUACGGACGCCUCCACAACCUCAACACCAAGUGGUUCUCCGGAGGAUCCAGGCCUUUCAUCUUCCAGGAGGUGAUUGACCUUGGAGGCGAGCCCAUCACAGGGAGCCAGUACUUCCACCUGGGACGCGUCACUGAGUUCAAAUAUGGCGCCAGACUGGGAACUUUGUUCAGGAAGUGGAAUGGAGAAAAACUCAGCUACACCAAGAACUGGGGUGAGGGCUGGGGUUUCAUGCCCAACGGAAACGCACUGGUCUUUGUGGAUAACCAUGACAACCAGAGAGGCCACGGAGCGGGCGGAGCCUCCAUCGUCUCCUUCUGGGACUCUCGCCUCCACAAGAUGGCCGUCAGCUACAUGCUGGCCCACCCAUAUGGAGUCACCAGGGUCAUGUCCAGCUUCAGAUGGGACCGUCGCUUUGAGAAUGGAAAGGAUAAGAAUGACUGGAUGGGACCUCCAAGCCACGGAGACGGAUCCACCAAAUCUGUCCCCAUCAACCCUGACCAGACCUGCGGAGACGGCUGGGUUUGUGAGCACAGGUGGAGACAGAUCAAGAACAUGGUGAUGUUCCGUAACGUGGUGAACGGACAGCCUCACUCAAACUGGUGGGACAACCAGAGCAACCAGGUCGCCUUUGGACGUGGCAACCGCGGCUUCAUCAUCUUCAACAACGACGACUGGAACCUGGACGUGACCCUGAACACUGGCAUGCCCGGAGGCACCUACUGCGACGUGAUUUCGGGUCAGAAGGAGAACAGCAGAUGCACAGGGAAACAGAUCCAUGUGGGAGGAGACGGUCGUGCCCACUUCAAGAUCAGCAACCACGACGAGGAUCCGUUCGUGGCCAUUCACGCCGAGUCCAAACUCUGA